AUGGAGUAUAAGGUCGUAACGCAUCAAUCUCACCCUCUGCAAUUCACACCCCACCACCGUCAACUACCUCCGUCUUCCAUCUACAUUGUCUUAACCGUUAGCGUCAGCUACAUCUCCGCCGCCUCCGCCGACCCUUUCUUCUCGCAACGAACCCUCUGUUUCCGUCUGAACCUUCUGCAAAGCCCCCGCCGCCUUAAUCAGGUUCUUGCUCCGGAGCUCGCAGAGCUCAGGGUCGACACUUCCUCCGCUGAGUACGACGGUGUCCUCCAAGAUAUUAUCCAAUGCGGGCUUCUAACAGUGCGUGGAAUGUUGGACCAGGGAUAUUACUGCCAAGCCUUGCAAUUACAUUCCGAUAUGCUUGUGGCAAUGGAACCCAUGACCGACCAGGAGACCUUGAUGACCAGAGCUUUGGCGGAAUCGAGGAUGGAAUUCGAAAACAGUAACUAUGGGAUGGUAGGAGCGUCGGAGUCAUCUGUUAAAAAGAUGGUAAAAAAGGUCAAAGUAGAAGAUGGAGAGGGAGGAGAUUGCAUGGUUUGCUUAGAGGAACUCAGAUUUGGUUUCGAAGCAUCCCGGAUGCCAUGUUCUCAUCUCUUUCAUGGCGGCUGCAUCGAAAGAUGGUUGAAGCAGAGUCAUUACUGCCCUAUUUGUCGGUUUGAGAUGCCCACCAAUUAG